GGCUCGAGCGCGUUGGUUGCGGCGUUGGUGGGCGUUUUUAGCAGCCCUCCUAUCACUGAAGCCAGGCCUCUUCAACUUCGCAAUGGAUGAUGCACGGAGCAAAGCAGAAGAGAUCCUGCGAAAGAAGGUGUGGUCGGUGCGCAAAAAGUGGGAACUGCUGAAAAGCUAUUCCCCGGAGAAAACCGAAGCUGUGCUGGCGAGCUUCGUGCUGCCCAAAGACUUGGCGGCGCGGUGUCAUCUGCCAGAAGGCACCACUUGGUUGGACGCGGUGAAGACCUUUCGUCGCGAUGCCGAUCCCGUGGAUCUGUGGCGCCAGGUGGAAGCACAUCCCAUCGUGGAAUACGUGCACGUCCAAUGCCAAAGUUGCGGCCGACGUGUGCCCGACAACUUCCCGGCCGAGGAGG